AGUCCUUCACAUGAUGGGCACCUGUGGGAAACCUGCCAGGGGCAACCGAUGUUCAGAGGCAUCCAAAAGUCUCCCACUUCGGCCGCCAUGAAGCCCACUCAUGCAAGCAUCCUCACUUUUCCUUCCUCUCACGGUUUCUUUGCAGAAGCAAGUGCUCAGGGAAAUCAAGACAGGAGAACUGUCAUGAGCUAUGCCGACAGUCAGCAGCUGAUCCCCGACAGAGACACAGCAGACGCAGACGCUCCUGAUGAAACCAUCCCUGUGGGGAGUGCAGGGGCAGAUGGGGACUCCAUGGAGGCAGCCGACCUGCGACAGCCUUCAGUUCCGACAAAGACACAUCACCUUGCAAAUGACACUCUGCCGUCUGGUUUCUGUGUUUUGUUGUAACAGGUUAAACGAACCCCUGGGCUUAAUUUUCCCCCUACUUAGUUCUGUGGCAGCAAAGAAAAGUGACUUCUUUUCAUUUCUCAGCUCAAAACUUCUUACGCUGUGUCUCUUCCUCAUCACCCCUUUGAGAAUAAAAGUCUAGAAAUGAAACACAA